AUGACAGUGAAGGAGGCUCUGGCGAGCUGGAAAGGCAAGGCGGUGAAGGCGGCGAUGGACGAGGAGAUUCGCAGCCUCAUCGCCAACGGCACAUGGGAGCUGGUCGAACGUCCGCGCGGGGUGAACAUCAUGAAGAACCGGUGGGUGCUGACGACGAAGUACCACAUCGAUGAUACGGUCGCUCGUGAGAAGGCACGUUUGGUUGUGAAGGGCUUCACGCAGGUCUACGGCGCCGACUACGAAGAGACGUACGCGCCUGUCAGCAGUUACGUCACGCUGGGGAUCUUCCUCUGCAUCGUCGCCGUCGACGACUUGCACCUGAUGCAGCUCGACAUGAAGAAUGCAUUCCUGCAGAGUAAGCUGGACAGGGUGCUGUACAUGUACCAGCCAGACUACUAUGACGAUGGAACUGGCCGGGUGUGCAAGCUGUUGAAAAGCCUCUACGGACUGAAGCAGUCACCACUGCUGUGGUACAGGGCCCUCGACGGAGUGCUGCUGGGCGCUGGCUGGAAGAAGAGCCAGGUCGACGAGGCUCUCUACUUCAAGGCUGGCGACGGAGGAGUGAUGUGCUGGGUGCUUGUCUACGUCGACGACCUCCUCGCCGCCAGCAGCAGCCUCGCGAUGCUGAAGGAGCUGAAGGAGCUGCUGGAGGCUGCCUUUGAGCUGCGCGAGAUCAGCCCGGUCGAGAGGUACCUUGGGCUGGAAAUCGUUCGCGACAGGUCGGCAAGGAAGCUGUGGCUGCACCAGCAGUCGUACGUCGACAAGCUGCGCAGACGUUUCAUCGACGAGGAGCAGGCAGGACGCAUCCCAAAGACGCCAGUCUCCGUCGACGCCUACGCAGAGCUGACAUUCGAUGACGAAAAUGCUCAGCCGCGCGAGGAGGAGCAGUACAGGCAGAAGGUUGGUUCGUUGCAGUUCGCAGCAACGACGACGAGGCCGGACAUCGCGUUCGCGUGCAGCAAGCUGGGAAGUGGCUUGACGGUGCGAAGUGACAAUCAUUGGCACGAGGUCGACCGCUGCCUGCACUACCUCGCCAACACCCGUGACAUUGCCCUGGAGUUUGGCGGUGGACCAGAGUCGCUGUGGUUGGUCGGCAAUGUAAACGCCGACGACGCGGGCGACAAGCAGAACCGGACGAGCACAGGUGGCUACGUGUUCGUCUUUGGAGGGGCUGCAGUAUCCUGGUCGAGCCAGCGCAUCAAGUGUGCGACACUCUCGUCAACUGAGUCGGAGUACGUCGCGGCUACGGAAGCUGGCAAGGAGGCUCGUCGACUUCGCUUCCUCCUUGCAGAGUUCCAGUUGUUGGACCCUGGGUCGCCGACAAUUCUUCUCGUGGACAAUCAGUCGGCGAUCACUGUCGCAGAAGGCUUGGGGCUGAAGGGCAACCUCAAGCACAUGGAGCGACGUUAUGCAUGGCUGCAGCAGAUGGUGAAGCGCGGGAAGAUCGCGCUGAAGUACAUCGCAACCUCUGAGCAGCCAUCAGAUUUCCUGACAAAGGGGCUGCACUUUCCGGCCUUCAACCGGUGCUCCGUCGCGAUCGGCCAAGUUCGUCUGGCAGACAUCGGCGAUGGCGACGACGACGUGCAGAAGUAG